AUGACUACCUCCUCACAGGACGAGAUUUCCCCAGUGCAGAAUCAGGAAAAGAAAAAUCGUCCUGCAAAGACCACACGCUCAAAAGCUGUUGAGUUUUUGGAAAACCAUGCUAACGAAGAGACUUCAUUUACGUACGAGGAGGAGAAGGCUGUUCUCCGCCGCAUUGAUAAGCGUGUCUUGCUCCUCCUUCUAUGGGCAUAUUUCUUUCAACAACUGGACAAAAGUACUCUAGGUUAUGUCUCCAUCUUCGGCAUCUCAGAGGAUGCCCACCUAGUCGGCAAACAAUACUCUUGGCUCGGAUCCAUCCUCUACCUGGCCCAGCUAGUAAUGCAACCACUAGUAGCCUUGAUCCUUGUGAAACUUCCAAGUGGAAAAGUCCUCGCCAGUGCCAUCUUUCUCUGGGGCUCAGCCCUAACAAUCAUGGCGGCCUGCACGGAUUUCGGAUCUCUGUUGGGCCUACGCUUCGUCCUCGGAUCAUUUGAAUCCUUCAUUGCCCCAUGCUGCGUUGCCAUAACACAGAUGUGGUGGCGUCGAAGCGAACAAACACUGCGCACAAGUUACUGGAGCGCCAUGAAUGGUGUUACUGCAAUUGUUGGUAGUCUGGUCACAUACGGCCUUGGACAUGUGCAUAGUCAUACCUUGUACCGGUACCAGACUAUCUUCAUGUUCUGUGGACUAUUGACAGUUGUUUAUUCGUUCCUUGUUUUCUGGCUUAUGCCAGAUUCGCCUAUGGAAGCUAAUUGCUUGAGUGAUCGUGAGAGAGUUAUUGCUACGGAACGCCUGCGCGCGAAUCAGAUGGGUAUUUCGACUCAGGUUUGGCGAUGGGAUCAUGUGAAAGAGGUGGCACUUGAUCUUAAGACUUGGAUUUGGUUUAUUGCUACCAUUGCAAUUUCAAUUGCAAGUGGUGGGAUCUCGACCUUCGGUUCUCUUAUUGUCAAGUCCUUUGGAUUUUCCAGCUUCCAGAGCAUCUUGUUUAACAUUCCUUUCGGUGUGAUUCAGGUUAUCGCCAUUCUGAUCACCGGAUAUCUGGCCACAAUGACUCAACGCAAAGGCCUCGUGAUCGCGGGCGUCAGCGUUUUGCCCACUAUCGGCACGGUCUUGAUGCUCACAGUUCCUCGGAAACAGAAGGGCGUUCUGCUAUUUGGUUACUAUCUUGUUUCAACACUGGCAGCUAUCACCCCACUUCUAUACGCAUGGUCAGCACAGAACACAGCAGGUGAAACAAAAAAAAAGUGUACCUCCGGUAUGGUCUUUAUCGCCAUGUGUGCUGGCAACGUGAUUGGACCCCUUCUCUACUCUAUCGAGGAUGCACCAUUAUACCGAACUGGUCUCAUUGCCAAUCUCGCCAUGUUUGUGACGGUCGGAGCUGUCUGCGGGUUCACCCCGUUCUACCUUAUGAUUCUGAACAAGAAACAUGAAAAGCGCCGUCUGGAGCUGGGAAAGACUGGUCCUGUAGCUGACAUGUCUAUGCUCGGUAAAGACCAAAUGAAAAAUACCAAGGCGGUUGAGGUGGAAGACAUUCGGGACCAAAAGCUCUCUGUCGAAGAGGAUAAUGGUCUUCAUGAUAUGACGGAUCUGAAGAACGAGGACUUUGUCUAUGUCCAUUAG